CUUCUUCUUCAACGGCGGCGAUGUUCGAAGAAGAAGAUUACGAUAAGAAGCCUAUUGAAGUACGGGCAACUGAGGCUUUGGGGCAGGGCUUCGAUCUCGCAAGCGAUUUCAGGCUCAAGUUCGUUAAAAGAUGCCCCCACGGCCACGGCGGAAGGUUGAUUCAUUUAGAUGACCACCGCAAGCGUGACGUCAUCCUUCCCGGCGGCGUCACCGUUCCCGGUGUGCCUGAAUGCAUACGUGUCGAUAAGGGUGAUCACAUUCGAUUCAAGUCCGAUGUCCUCCAGUUCAAUCAGAUGUCAGAGCUACUGAAUCAGAAAUCAUCAGUACAGGGAAAAGUUCCAUCAGGAUAUCUUAAUGCUAUUUUUGAUUUGACGGGAGCAUGGUUAAAUGAUGCUGCGGAUGCUAAGUAUUUAGCUUUUGAUGGAUAUUUCAUCUCACUUUACUAUUUACACCUUACUGCAUCACCAUUAGUACUUCAUGACCAUGUAAAGAAGUCUGUUCCAUCUCGUUGGGAUCCAGCAGCACUAUCCAGAUUUAUCCAUACUUACGGAACGCAUAUAGUUGUUGGAAUGGCAGUUGGAGGGCAGGAUGUACUUUGUGUUAAACAGAAACCCUCUUCUCCAAUUCCACCAGCUGAACUCAAAGGAUACUUGGAGGAACUUGGUGAUUGCCUCUUCUCUGAUGCUAAUAGUCCUAUAUUAGAGAGAACUGCAAACGAUAACAAGAAGGUUCCCGAGGUGUUUAGUCGUAUGCUACAGGCACAUACCAUGCAGUUUACCAGCAUCACAGAAACAUCGAGCAAGGAUGGACUGACACUUAUUUGGUCAAAAAGAGGAGGUGAGGUGUAUGCACAAAGUCACUCGAGGUGGCUACAGACUAUGGCUGCUAACCCCGAAGCUGUACUUUUCAAAUUUGUACCAAUAACCUCUCUACUGAAUGGAAUUCCUGGGAGUGGCUAUCUUAGUCAUGCCAUUAAUUUGUACCUACGAUACAAGCCCACUUUAGAGGAUUUGCCGUAUUUUUUGGAAUUUCAAGUUCCAACUCAGUGGGCUCCUUUGUUCUGUGAGUUGCCCCUUAGGCAUCAAAGGAGGAAGGCAUCUUUCCCUUCUUUGCAGUUUAAUUUCUUGGGUCCAAAGAUUUAUGUCAGCUCUACGCAGGUAAUAAGUGAUCGAAAGCCAGUGGUUGGUCUGAGGCUAUAUUUAGAAGGAAAGAAAAGUAAUCGGUUGGCAAUACACGUGCAGCAUCUAUCAAGUCUUCCCAAUAUUAUGAAACUGACACAAAAGCCGCCACAGUGGCGAGGAUCUGAUGAUUAUGAAUCGAGCGAUCAGUUCUUAGAGCCAGUGAGAUGGAAAAAAUACUCAAACGUAUGUUCAUCGGUAGUUAAGCACGAUCCUAGCUGGUUGGGCGGCGGCGGCGGCGGUGGUGGUGGUGGUGGUGUUUUCGUUGUGAGUGGGGCACAGCUUGUGAUAAAAGGGAAGUGGCCAAGGAAAGUUGUUCACCUCCGUUUGCUUUAUACGCACAUUCCGAAUUGUAGUAUUAGAAAAACGGAGUGGGCAUCUACUCCUGAAGCUACUAGAAAGUCGAGUUUCCUCACGAAUCUGAGCACAACAUUCACGUUCACUCAGAGGGCGGGAGUGGGUGAUGCCGCCACAAAGCAGCAGGCGGCAACAACUUUGAACUCUGGAGUAUAUCCAGACGGGCCGCCAGUUCCUGUUAGAUCUACGAAGCUGCUUAAGUAUGUUGAUGCGAACGAGGUUUCGCGGGGUCCUUAUGACUCCCCAGGACAUUGGUUAGUGACUGCUGCUAAGUUGGUGGUUGAAUCUGGCAAAAUUGGUUUGCAUGUCAAAUUUGCUUUGUUAGAUUAUUCUUCACGAGAUGCAUACUAGUCACUAUUUACUCUUCUUUUGUAUAUAACAGGUUUUGCAUCAACCCUUUUUCUGUUUUUUUUGGUGUUUGUGUGUUGUAAUUUUAAUUUUAUGUCCGAAAAACAUGGGAAAAAGUUGUAAUGGUGAGAGAGACUUCAUGGCGUUGUAUAGAAUUUUGAUUUAGUUAUAUUAAAUUGUUGGUAUUUUCUACCCAUAAUACCCUUUGGAGUGUGAAUGUAAUAUUUCGAAAUGUGCAGGGCUUUAUGACAGUGAUAAGUAUUUUUAAUUUGACCAUUA